GAGAGACGGCGAACGCGGUAAACUAAAGCGCUCCCACUGCGCCUGGUGCGGUAAACCUGCGGACAUCUCACUGGGAUACAGAUAACAGCGAGCCCAUCCUGGCCGGGUCUGGCCACCCCUGCUACUGUACCAUCUCAAACAUGGACCUACAGGGUUACCGGCUUGUGCCAUGGCGCAUGUGGCUGUGCCGCAUCUUUGCUCUGCUCUCUGCUGGAUUGUUGCUGCUCGUCUUCUACUGGCGGCCCCGCUGGGCAGUUCUUGCCCGCUGCAGCUUGUGUCCCCUGGCCAUGUGUGAUACACUCCUCGUACGGAACUCCCAGGGUGAGUGCUUCGUUGUAGAAGUGCAAGUAGAGGAGUGGGAAGAGGACAGUGCGGAGCAUCCGGUCCCUGAGGGCGAGGAGUAUGACUGGAGGGACACCGUGCAGCUUCACAAAGAGCAGAAAGUGUUGCUGCGCUACUUUGUGUUUGAGGGGAUUCGUUACAUGUGGGUGACGAAGAAAGGUGCAUUCUGUCCUGUCAGUGUCCUCAGUGAGGACUGGACGUGUGUAGACCUUUAUCGCCAGCAAGGGGGACUCAGUCGCCAGGUACAGAGUGCCAGGAGGAAGGUGUAUGGACAGAAUCUCAUAGAUGUGCCAGUCAAGUCCUAUGCCAGGCUGCUGCUUGAGGAGGUGCUCAACCCCUUCUACAUAUUCCAGGUUUUCAGUAUUAUCCUAUGGAUGUCUGACAGAUACUACUAUUAUGCAGCCUGCAUCCUCUUCAUUUCCCUCAUCUCUAUCAGUAUUUCCCUCUAUGAGAUUCGCAAGCAAAGCACAACCCUGCGCAACAUGGCCCGCCUGGUUGUGACAGUGACGGUGCAAAGGGACACGGGUGAGGAGGAGAAUGUGAGCUCAGAGGAGCUGGUGCCUGGUGACUGCCUCCUUAUACCACCAGAGGGACUGAUGCUGCCCUGCGAUGCUGCCCUGCUGGUCGGGGAGUGCAUGGUCAAUGAGAGCAUGCUGACUGGUGAGAGCAUACCUGUUAUGAAGACCCCUCUGCCGGUCGGAGAAGACACCUAUAGUCCUGACUUUCAUCGCAGACACACCCUGUUCUGUGGCACACAAGUGAUCCAGGCCAAGGGGAGGCGCCAGGGAAGCAGAGGGGGUCUUGCUGUUGUCACACGCACAGGUUUUUUUACGGCUAAGGGUAGCCUGAUCAACUCCAUCCUUUACCCUCAGCCAAUCAGUUUCCGUUUCUACCAGGAUGCACUGAAGUUCCUUCUUAUCCUGGGAAUUCUGGCCUUGGCGGGUACUAUCUACAGCAUCGUGGUCCUGAGCAUGAGCAAGACAACGUGGGUUGAGCUGCUGGUGCGUGCAUUGGACAUCGUUACCAUCGUGGUGCCCCCUGCACUGCCAGCCGCCAUGACAACAGGCACCAUCUAUGCUCAGAGCCGCCUCAAGAAGAGUGGCGUAUUCUGCAUCAGCCCGCCUCGCAUCAAUGUCUGUGGCAAGGUCUCAGUCUUCUGCUUCGACAAGACGGGCACACUCACCGAGGAGGGUCUAGAUGUGUGGGGUAUCAUGGAAGGCAGCGGGUCAGGUUUUGCUGAGCUCGUACCAGACCCUCGCCUGUUGCCCCCAGGACCCCUGCUCUCCGCCUUGGCGUCGUGUCACUCAGUGGCACUACUGGAGGGACAGCUGUUGGGAGACCCCCUAGAGCUCAAGAUGAUUGAAUCCACAGGCUGGGAGCUGGAAGAGCCUGCAGAAAGUGAGGAGCAAGUGGAGAUGGUGAUGGAGUUUGGGAAUGUUCGAGUCUUGGCAGUGAUGAGACCCCCUGCAUCUGAACUCCAGCCUGCUGGCAUUUCCAUCAGCGAGCCAGUGGCUAUAGUGCAGCGUUUCCCCUUCUCCUCCAGUCUGCAGAGGAUGAGUGUGGUGACUGUGGGUCUGGGGGGCAGCAAUGCUCUCGUGUUCCUCAAGGGUGCCCCAGAGAUGGUGGCAAGCCUUUGCGUGAAGGACAGUGUACCUGCACAGUUUUCAGACACACUGCGACAUUUUGCAAGCGAAGGGUUCAGGGUGCUGGCACUGGCCUACAAACCCCUCAACGAGUCGUGUGUGAAGACCAUUGAGAGGGGGACAGUGGAGAGCUCGCUGCGGUUCCUGGGUCUCUUGGUGAUGAAGAACCAGGUUAAGCCUGAAAGCGCGGGUGUCAUCGGCACUCUGAAGCAGGCACACCUACGCACGGUCAUGGUCACUGGUGACAACAUCCUGACCGCUGUGAAUGUGGCACGGACUUGUGGGAUGAUGCAGUCAGAGGAAAGAGUCAUUUAUGUGCAUGCAACGCCACCUGGGAAUCAUUCUCAGCCGACUCUACGAUUCCACCUAGGAGAAAGCUCACGGGCGGCUGAACAAGACGGUCUUACACAGGGUCUCUAUCAGACUGGUGUUCAGUAUCAUUUGGCCAUCAAUGGGAAGUCCUUCUCUGUCCUAUGCGAGUAUUUCCCUGAAUACCUUCCCAAGGUACUCAUGAGGGGCACAGUGUAUGCACGCAUGGCUCCGGAGCAGAAGACCCAGCUGGUCAAAGAGCUUCAGAAACUCAACUAUCGUGUGGGCAUGUGUGGUGAUGGGGCCAAUGACUGUGGAGCCCUGAGGGCAGCUGAUGUGGGCGUGUCCUUGUCUGAAGCCGAGGCGUCUGUCGCAUCCCCCUUCACCUCCAAGACAAACAACAUUAGCUGUGUUCCACUGCUCAUCCGGGAAGGAAGGUGUGCUCUGGUAACUUCAUUCAGUCUCUUCAAAUACAUGGCCCUGUACAGCCUCAUUCAGUUCUGCUCUGUGCUCAUCCUUUACACAGUGAAGACCAACCUUAGUGACCUGCAGUUCCUGUUCUUCGAUCUGGUGCUGGUGACAUCAUUAGCCAUUGUUAUGGGGAGGGGUGGGCCUAGUUCAGAGCUUCACCCACAGCGUCCACCAGCCAGCCUCCUGAGCCUGCAGGUCUUUGCUAGCUUGUUGCUUCACUGCCUGUUACUGGUGCUCAUCCAGGUGUUUGCCCUGCUCAUCACUAGGACCCAGAACUGGUACAUUCCCCUCAACACCACUGUGUCUGGGGCAGGUAACCUGCCCAAUCUAGAGGACACAAGUAUAUUUGCUGUAUCUGGGUUCCAAUACAUAAUCAUGGCGGUGGUAGUGACUAAGGGGUAUCCAUACAGGAAACCCCUCUAUACUAAUGUGCUGUUUGUGGUAGUCCUCCUGGCCUUGUUUGGGGUCAUGAGCUGGCUGGUGCUGUACCCAGGGCUCAUCAUGAAGCAGCUGCUGCAGCUCCAUGAUAUCGAGGACAUGGACUACAAGCUGCUGCUGGUGGCCCUGGCUGCGCUCAACUUCUUCAUCUGUUACCUGUUGGAGGUUUUGAUUGAUAGAGGUAUACUUAAUUUCCUAAGAGCUGUUCAGCGGAAGAAGCACUCUAAAAAGCAGUACAAGCGUCUGGAUGUUGUCCUGAAAGGAACGCCUUCCUGGCCCCCCAUUGAUCAACCUUUGCCCCCCUCACAGUGCUCUAUAAUUGGCUUAAGCUAGCAUUGGGUGACAGUGCUGAUCCUACGUCAAGAUCCAGUCAUCAGUGUUCUGGACUUCUGCUGUUGCUGUGAAAAACUCACACUGGAGUUAACAUUUGACAGCUGAUCCACUUUUUUUUUUUUUUUUUUUUUUUGAACACCUAUCAUUUAUUUUAAAACAUUUUAAUAUAUAUACAGCUACAGUAUAUAUACAAACCACAUAAGUUCAUAUGUUUGUGUCUAGAACUAAGGAAUAUAAUCAA